AACAUAAAUCUCAUUGCUGGCAUUUUACUGCACCUUCAACCAGUUCUGCAGAUAUAUAAAGGUCCUCUCUGUUACUGGAGAGGAGGCAUUGAGACAACACCUACAGGUCUAAAAUGUCGUUGUUGCCAUCUUUGGUCUUAAUGGUGACUUUACUGUCUUUACUUCCUGAUUCUCAAGGCUUUAUAUUUGGGAAGCACGGGAAGAGUUCUUCAUCAGAAGAAAAGAGCCAUAAGGGUUCUAAGUCAAAGGAAAACCACUUCGGGAAGAGUUCUUCAUCAGAAGAAAAGCAUGAAAAACCACAAUUGCCAUUGGGCCCAGAUGACUUGAACCCAGAGUAUUUUUGUCAGGGCCCAUGUAAAGAUGGAUGGAUUUCCUACCUUGGCUUUUGUCACAAAUACGUCUCUCAGAAACUCACCUGGAAGGAUGCUGAGAGUCACUGCCAGUCUCUCUUCAGCCGUGCCCAUCUGACCAGUGUCCUGAACGAGAACCACAACCUGUUCCUUAUGGCACUUGCAGAAUCACAAGGCUCCCUUAAUGACAAGUUCUGGACUGGAGCCAACAGCGAGAAGGGAUCAAAUUCUUGGGCUGAUGGAUCUCCACUAAAAUUUUUGAAAUUACCUGGCAACCUUUUAAACAAAAUAUUUGGUGGAAAGUUGUGUUUGAGCAUCUGCCAUGGUGGUGGAAAUUUUUGGAGUCAACUAAGCUGUAGUGAGAAGCUUCCAUUUGUGUGCAUAUACAAGCCAACUCAGCCUUGGGACUCAAAGUAGCAAUAAUGAUCAUUUUCAAACAAUCACAGCUUUUUCUACCAAAAGGCAAUUUGAUAACCUUAUUUUGGGUGGCACUCUCCAGGGGUGUAAUGAGAUUUGGUUUUCACCUUGCUUCCAGGCCUACUCCCAUGGACAGCAGAAAACCUGUGUAGUAAUGCAAGAUCUGUUUCAUUGCUCUGAUGGAGCCUAAAAUCUGGGGUGGAACUUAACACAGGGUUGGGGCUUGAAGCACUGACCUAGUCGAACAAUGUUAUAAAAGAUUCCUAAUCACCCAUUUCUUAAAUCUUUUCUUUUUUUUUGGAAUAAAAACUGAGUUAUUUCCCUUGCCUUCA